AUGUCGCUUUCAAGUGACACUCUAGGAAUCUCUCGGCCAUCAUUUAGCUGGAUCCUGGAGAAUUAUGAGAGAGAUGAGAGCGACGUCGACACCUCCGGGGACUUUAUCCCCGUCAUCCUGUACGACUCGCUGAGGUCAGAGUAUGACAGACUGAAGGAGCAGCAUGCCGAGGCUCAGGCGGCCUUGGAGGCCCAGGAAGGCGGCACUGCGGCUAACAAGGCCUCCUGCAAACUCGUCCCGGCGGAGGCGUAUGAGAACCUGAAGUCCGAUUACGAGCAGCAAAUCCGAGCCCUCAAAGAGGCUCUGGAGAAGAGCGGCUCGCUGGCCAGUGGGACAAACAGAAAUCAAGAGAAGAGGAACUCCGGCUUGGGGAUGGAGGAGGAGGAGGAGGAGGCGGCCACAGGGGGCAAGUUGGAAGAGAUGGCCAAAGAGCUGAGCGAGACCCAAGCGAAAUACCAGGCUGCCCUCAAGGAAGCGACGCUCCUCCAGGAGCAAAUCGAGUUAGGAAUCCUGUCGGUGGAGGAGAAGGAGGUCGUUGAGAGCUCCCGAGCAGAACUAGAGACAGUGAAGGCUGCUCUUCACAGGGCUCAAGAGGACCUCCAGGAGCGGGACCAGAAGGUGAAGGAUCUGGAGGGGCAGCUGAAGGAAGCUGCUGCGCAGGGCCCCUCCACCAAGGAGUCCGAGGAAAUGAAGGCCUCUCUUGCCAUCUCCUUGGAGGAGGCCUCCAGAGAGAAGGAGGCCCUGCUGACCAGAUGCAGCUCUGCUGAGGCGGAGGUGAGGGAACUGAGGGAAACCUUGAAGAAGGAGACGGAAAUGGCCCAAGGAGGCCUCUUGGAAAGGCAGCGCCUGCAAGAGGAGGCCAGUGGGUUGCGGGAAAGGCUGGAGGUUUUGUCAAAGCAGAAUGAGGGAGCCCAAGGUCAGGUGGAGAAGCUCAAAGAGGGGCGCAAAAAACUGGAGAAGGAGCUUCAGGCCUCUAAGGACAGGCUGGCCUCCCAAUACGUGUCCAAGCAGGAACACGAGGAGACAGUGGCGAAGGCGAAGUCAUCGCUCUCAGAGGCCGAAGGACGCGUGGCGGAGUUGAAGGAGAGCCACGCCGCCGCGCAGAAGGAGCUGGCGGAGCUUCAGAAGAAGUCGGAGAGCUACAGGCGAGAAUCGGUGCCCCUGGUGGAGCACGCCCGCGCCAAGGAGGCUCUGGAGGGCACCUUGUGGGAACUGAAGGCCAAGUCCAAACUGCUGGAACAAGAGCUGAACGCGAAGAACAAGGAGUUUGCACGGCUGCAGACGGAGUUGGACGCCGUCCGGCAGGACGCGGUCUCCAAGGGGGUCCACGAGCAGCUCCGCGCCAGCCUGCAGGGUGAAGUGGAAGCCCUGAACGCCAAGCUGGCCGAUUUGGGGCGGAAGCACGAACGCACCUGCACCGAGGUCUUCCAGGUGCAGCGGGAAGCGCUCUUCAUGAAGAGUGAGAAGCACGCGGCCGAGGCCCAGCUGGCCGCGGCAGAAAAGCAGCUGAAGAGUUUGCGGGCCGAGUCGGACCGGAUCCAGGAGCUGCACAGCCAUAUUGAGGACUCGGCCAAGCUGGUCAAGGAGAAGGACAAGAAGAUCACAGAACUUUCGAAGGAGGUUUUCAAGUUGAAAGAAGCUUUGAACGACCUGUCUGAGCUUUCCGGCCAGGCGGGGACCUCGCCCAAAGCGGUCGUGCCCCAGAAGGCAGAGAACCAGGGGCAUCAGUUGGCCAUGCUCCAGGGCAAAAUCAAAGAUCUGGAGCAGCAGUUGGUUGAGGCCGAGCGGCGACACACCAACGUUGUUUCGCUGUACAGGGGCCAUCUUCUCUACGCUAUUCAGGGUCACAUGGAUGAGGAUAUCCAGCGAAUUCUUUUCCAAAUCUUGAAGAUGCAAAGGCUGCAGGAACAGGGAAGAUGAAGCAGGAGGAAGGAAGGAGCUGAUUUCCAACUGGGGGGUGGGCUGGGGGGGUGGGGGAAGGCUGAGCUGUUCCUCACAGGGGAAUUCUAAAGACCUCCUAUGAUCUGCUCACCUCUGCACACCCAGCAGCUGGCUCCAAAGAAGACACGGCCUCUCCCAGUUUGUGACGCUCCUUGCCGCGAUCUACACGUGAAGCCUCCUGCCACAGAAAAUCUGUUAUCAAGUAAUGAGUGGGAUGCGUUGCUUUUCUGUCCCAUUAGAAGCUCUGUGCCCUUUAACAACGGCCCGGUAGGAAGAAAUCCGGCACUGUUCUUCAUGGCCGCACCUCCACUCCUGCUGCCCCUGUUGGAUUUCUGCCCAGCACUAUGUUAAAGACUUUAAUGGGGAAGGGGGUGAGUGGGUAGUGUAGUUGAGUGCGGGGUGGUCCCUGUUGCAAGGAGCCUGCAAGUUGAUUCUGACAGGGAGGGGAACACAGAUGGGGAGAGGGGCAAUGUUUUGGAGUCCGGCCACCAACUGGUUUAUGGGAGUGCUGCGCAUAUACUGGGAUGUCACAGAAAUGCAUAAAUCCUACAGCAGAGGGCCCCGCGCACUGAUUCGAAGCGUACAUUUAAUGACAUUGAUCAAGUUUCUAGUUCCCACAUUU